UGCGCGGCCGCGAGCAUGGCGACCGCGGCGGCAGCGGCGGCGGCCCGUGGGGCCGGGGCGAGAGCGCUGGCCGCCCUGCGCGGGGCCGGCGGGACCGCGUGCCGGGGGCGGCCGCGCGCGGGCCCUGCGCGCCGCUUGUGCACCGCGCCGGGCGCCGCCGCGGACAUGAAGCGCUACCUGUGGGAGCGCUACCGGGAGGCGAAGAGGAGCACGGACGAAUUGGUCCCCUCGAUCAUGAGCAACUCACUGAACCCAGACGCCAUUUUCUCCAACAACGAAGUCAGCCUGUCGGACAUCGAGAUCUAUGGCUUCGACUACGAUUACACGCUGGUGUUCUACUCCAAGCACCUGCACACGCUGAUCUUCAAUGCGGCUCGGGACCUGCUCAUCAACGAGCACCGGUACCCUGCAGAAAUCAGGAAGUACGAGUACGACCCCAAUUUUGCGAUCCGAGGGCUUCAUUAUGACGUGCAGCGGGCCGUGCUGAUGAAGAUCGACGCCUUCCACUACAUCCAGCUGGGCACCGUCUACAGGGGCCUCAGCGUGGUCCCCGACGAAGAGGUCAUCGAGAUGUACGAGGGCUCCCACGUGCCGCUGGAGCAGAUGAGCGACUUCUACGGGAAGAGCUCUCACGGGAACACCAUGAAGCAGUUCAUGGACAUCUUCUCGCUGCCGGAGAUGACGCUGCUGUCCUGCGUGAACGAGUACUUCCUGAGGAACAACAUCGACUACGAGCCCGUGCACCUCUACAAGGACGUCAAGGACGCCAUUCGGGACGUGCACAUCAAGGGCAUCAUGUACCGAGCCAUCGAAGCCGACAUUGAGAAGUACAUCUGCUACGCCGAGCAGACCCGCGCCGUGCUGGCCAAGCUGGCGGAGCACGGCAAGAAGAUGUUCCUCAUCACCAACAGCCCCAGCAGCUUCGUGGACAAAGGGAUGAGGUACAUCGUCGGGAAGGACUGGAGGGACCUGUUCGAUGUGGUCAUCGUCCAGGCCGAGAAGCCCAACUUCUUCAACGACAAGCGGAGACCUUUCCGGAAGGUGAACGAGAAAGGUGUCUUGCUCUGGGAUAAAAUCCACAAGUUGCAGAAAGGCCAGAUUUACAAGCAGGGAAAUUUAUAUGAAUUUUUGAAGCUUACUGGCUGGAGAGGAUCCAAAGUGCUGUAUUUUGGUGACCACAUAUACAGUGACCUGGCGGACCUGACCCUGAAGCACGGCUGGCGCACGGGGGCCAUCAUCCCGGAGCUGCGUUCCGAGCUGCGGAUCAUGAACACGGAGCAGUACGUCCAGACCAUGACGUGGCUGCAGACGCUGACCGGCCUGCUGGAGCAGAUGCAGGUGCACAGAGACCCGGAGUCACAGCUGGUCCUGCAGGAGUGGAAAAAGGAGAGGAAGGAGAUGAGGGAGAUGACCAAGGGCUUCUUCAACGCCCAGUUCGGCAGCCUGUUCCGCACCGACCAGAACCCCACGUACUUCCUGCGGCGCCUGUCCCGCUUCGCCGACAUCUACAUGGCGUCGCUGAGCUGCCUGCUCAACUACGACGUCAGCCACACCUUCUACCCGCGCAGGACUCCGCUGCAGCACGAGCUCCCGGCCUGGGCCGACGGGCCCCCCGCCGCCCGGCCGCUGCUGCAGGCGGCGCAGGCCAAGUAGCCGGGCGGCGGCCGGCGGGGGCGGCGCCGGGGCUGGAGAGAGGCGCGCGUGGUGUCGCACGUGAUGUGCAUUUGCCCCCUUGCCUGCCCCGGGGGUGCAGACUGGAGCGGGCACCGGGCGCGCAGGUGGGCAGCCUGCCGCCCCUCUGCAUCAGCGGCACCUGGCCAGCCCCUUGGCGCUUCCUGGCGGCUCCCAGAGAGACUCAAGGGCGCCGCCUGCCGGCAGCGGUGAGAGCGCGUGCCAGUCGGUCUCCAGUGCCCGCUGCAGGAAUGAGCACGGUGCAGCGGAAGCACGGCUGUGCGGGGGGCUGGGGAGGGUGGGUCGGAGCCUGCGCACCCCCAGGCCUGGGUCCGGCCGGCCCAGGAGGGACAUGGCCCCUUUGGCAUGGACAGACCGGGGGGGGGGGGGCGCUGGUUCGCAGCGGGGAGGCACCCCUGCAACUCUGCCAUCUGCGACCCCUCUGUCCACCUCCAGCUUUCCUGCAGGAGUGCCGGGUGGGGGGGGGCAUUGGGGCAUUGGGGUGGGUUUCUUUCGGGGGAGCACGUGCGGACCCUGUGCAAGCUAAGAGGAAAGGAAAUGACCCUGCUGAGUAUUUCUCUGUGCUCCUGAGGCCGAUGCAGGUGACUUAUGCCCGUGGACCCGACACAGCGGGGGGCAGGCUGGGGAGCUGGAGCGUGUGACCCUUGGCCCUGGGGCUGCAUGUGACUGAGCCCAGAGGGCGUUAUCCUUGGCUCUGCCAUGGGUUAGGGUGGAGUUUGAUGUGGGACCCUUGGCGGUAUUGAACCAGUGUGGUGCAGUGACCCCUUAUGGCCCAGGUGACCCCCUUAGGCUGCCAACCGUCCCCCCCCCCACACACACACUUUUGUUACAGACAAAGCAGCCCCCUCCCAGCUGGGUGUUUGUUUUUUUUCCCUUUUGCUGAGCACUUGCACCCUGGUGCUUGGAGCGUCCUGCUCCGAGCUCCUCACGGCUCUCUCCUCUGCGGCCAGUUGUGAGUGUCCACUUUGAGGAAGCAGCGCGGGCCAGCGGGGAUGGUUCACCCAGAGUCCCGGGCAGCCUGCAUCUCCGUCCCGGGGCUCCGGACUGAAGAAUGAAGCGGUUCGGGCAGCUUGCUUUCCCGAUGGGCAAGUGAGACCCCAGUGUGGGAGGAAAUCCGAUUCCCCUUCCCAGAAAAGGGAACACAUUGCCCAGUGCUGCCGCCACCUCGGGUUUAGGACCCCGCGCCCUAGAGCUGUGUGGGCGGGAGCCUGGCCCGUGUCCCCGUAGACGGUCCCUGGGCCCAGCUAGAAGUGACAGGUGAGGACGGCCACCUCCGCUCCCAGGGCCCGCGGCCAGCGUGUCCCAGCCGAUCUCAUUGUGUGACCACAGAUGCCAGUAGUCCGUGCAGCACGCCACAGACACAUGUGCCCCGGGUAGGGGUGGGGGGGGCACCGCACCACCAGAGCUCGGAACAGAAACAACACCCCCCCACCACACACACCGUUACUGACGCAGUCCGCUGCAACAAAAUUGCCAGUUGCUUUGCCGCCAAGGCCGUCUUAAUUAAGGCCAGGGGAGGGAUGAAGUCCUCUCUCUCCCCCUCCUCAGGGGAGCUUCCGCCAGGCCUUUCCGAGGGGGAGAGUCCAGUAGGGAGAAUGGGCCCUUCCCGCCCUGCCUGAUGCACAUAGGCUGGGGCUCCCUGUCUGUCUCCCCCGCUGAGCAGCCUUCCCUGGAGCUGUGUCUUCUGCUCUUAGGAUCCCCUUGGCACAGUUCCCUCCCCUUCCUCCCUCCCUGUGGGGACGGGGCUCCUUUGCCCCCCACGUGGAGGCUGCUCUGCCGGCCUGUCACCCCGGCACCUUCCCUGGGGACACCCUCGCCGGCCCGUUUCCGGUGGCCAGGCCUACUGGGACAGGGCACCGUGACCUUCGCGGGCAUUUAGCUGAGGCCGGACUUGGCCCCGGGGCCCUAGCCCACCGCCCCCGUCGGGGUGGGGCCGCAGUGCGGGCUGGCAAGUGACUUUCUGAGCACAAGCCACACUUGUCACGCGGGGCCACGCUGGGGCACUCGUCCUAUGGACGUGCCCUGUGGAGUGCCCUCGCCGUGGGCCUGGGCCUGCCUGCUGGGAUGACCGUGGAGACCCAGGGGUGAUUCCUCAGUGCUCCCGCCGUGGCGGCUGUCAGCCCAAGACAGGGCGCUGUCACCUGUCAACCUAGCGGGGGCCGUCCCAGCUCCAGGGCUAGGAGGUGGGGGGCUGGGAGGUCCGCGGGGGGGGGGGCCUCUGCCCCACCUACCUCCCCCAGGUGGUGAUCCGGGACUCCCCUGGGUCACCUGCACGCUCCAGCUCACCCAGCUGACCAAGUUCGGCAAACCCAACCCAGUGGAAAAGCUUCGACCCUCACCUGGAGCCACGGGCGUGACCCCCGGACACAGGUGGCCAUUUUUUUCUGAUUCUUGAGCAGAAGGACAAACCAUGCCCCGGGCCCAGGGCGGGCACAGCGAAUCCGGACUCCUCGCAGUAGACGCGUUAUUUAUUCUGAAUGUGAAUCCGCUAUUUAUUCCAAAUGGUGAUUUUCUGUGAUUUUCUGACCGUCAGUGGAUUGCCCAAUAAAAGUUUGGUUUUGCUCA